AUGCAAAACCCCUCCUUGACUUGCAAAAUUCCGGGAAUUCCUGGAAUCCUGCGAGAUUUCCCCUACGGCUUCUUGUAUAGUGGCAAAGUGCGCUAUGCCCGCAUUGCGACCGCCUUGCUGACUUGCAGAAAACCAGAAACUCCCCAGAGAAUACCGAAGUUGACCCAUCGCAUCAUGUUGGGAGGCAUGGUCAAUUCGGAUUCGGUGUCCUCACGGUCGAGAUCCAGCACCCCCACCUCUACUGCCCCGCCGUCCGGAGGUUCUGCUCGGCCUGCGAAUGAUGUCCCGGCUUACAUUAACCCAGUUUCGACGCGCACUCCUUCUCGCCCGCCUUCCAUGACGUCCCAUGCCUUUCCUCCGAGCUCGACACAUGGAUACUCAGAGUCUACAUACCAGUCAGCGCCGGAUUCACCACGCUUAGAACCGACAUAUAAGUCAAUGCAGUCUGUGCCGGGGUCGGAGGCGAAUUCACCAAGCCGCAUUCGAGUCCAGAGCUUGUCCCAUAUCCAGAGCCUCGCCAACGAAGAAAUCGCCGGAUCCCAGACUUCCUUUACCUCAAAUGGGUCGCAUCGACAAUAUGAGAUUAGCUCCAUGCCGGUCACGGAGAUCAUCGAGAUGGUCGCGGGACUUCUGACCAGAAUCACCACAACCAACGAUACCCAUCACGAACAUGUCCAUCGCCACAUUCCUCCUCCCGAUGGAACAUCAAACCUCACCCCGCAGGCUACCAGUGUACUCGCCUUUCAUGGAAAGAACGUGCCCAGCAUAACUAUCCUCAGCUACCUCACUCGUAUUCACAAAUAUUGCCCCACGACCUAUGAGGUCUUCCUAAGUUUGCUGGUCUACUUUGAUCGUAUGACUGAGCUGGUCAACCGGGGCCAGCUAGACCACCUCCACCACCGCUGGGACCGGAACGAAGACUCUGGCCUUUCCUCUGAAGCGUCGGAUCAUCCGAUGCAUGACUCUCCUAUGGCGACACCACCCGCUGGACAGGAUCCGCGAGGGUCGCAUUCCUCCACGCCUGCUGGCUUCGCCGGCCUUUCGCCUGAAUCAGAUACCGAGGCCCUCUCCCAUUUCUUCGUCGUUGAUAGCUUUAAUAUCCACCGAUUGGUCAUCGCUGGCGUGACCUGUGCAAGCAAAUUCUUCUCCGAUGUUUUCUACACCAAUUCACGUUAUGCGAAGGUUGGCGGUCUUCCUCUCGUAGAGCUCAACCAUUUGGAACUCCAGUUCCUCUUAUUGAACGACUUCCGACUAGCAAUCUCGGUCGAGGAACUAGAGUCUUACGGCACAAUGCUGGUAGAGUUUUAUGCACGAGAGGUCGUCGCACAACAGCAACAACAGCAUAUGACCCUGCCACGAUCCAUCGACCCCAUCGACCCUGCGGAUGCAUACUCCGACGCCAUGUAUAUGCGCUCCCGCGACAAGCCUCACGACCACGCGGCAUUCGGACAACCUCCGACCCCACCGUAG